AUGUGGCUUACUACUAGGCACACAGUGACGCGUUGCAGGGAAACCACUAAAAGCAGCCCGGCUCUGCUUUGCCUGUUUUAUCUAUUCGUUCUGCACCUGCAGUCAUUCUCUGGCUGCCCAUCUGCAUGUGUUUGCAGUUCCACUGAGGCGGACUGCAGCGGGCGUGGCCUUAUUUCCCUCCCUGCCCUUUUUUUGCUUCCAUCAACCACUGAAGCACUACUCUUGCCAAAUAAUCACCUCUCCUCCUUGCCUGCCUCUGCCUUUACCAACCUCAGCUCCCUGAAGAGACUUGACUUGUCCAACAACUACCUUAACAAGCUUCCUGCCACUGUGUUUGCUAAGCUGGCAAACCUGACUGACCUUAGCUUAAGGAACAACAGUCUGACUGUGCUGGAUCGUGACCUCCUGCAGGGCCUGGGAGACCUUCAGCGGUUGGAUUUGUCACUAAACGGCUUGGGUGGCGUGCCGCUCGGCCUGUUUGGCCAUCAGCAUGGCUUGACAUGGCUCUCGCUAGCUGGUAACAGGCUCAGAGGACUGGAGAGGGCUGCUUUUGAGCCCUUAGGAAAUCUGCAGCACCUUGAGCUGGGCUCCAACCCAUGGGAGUGCGACUGCAAUCUGCGUGACUUCAAACACUGGAUAGAAUGGCUCCUGUACCGAGGUGGCUUUGUAGAUGCUGUGGAGUGCACACUUCCAAAAGAGCUGAGAGGGCGGGACAUCCGGAGCAUUCCAGUGGAGAUGUUUAACUACUGCUUUUUAUUAGAUGAUGAGAAUGGAGGUGGGACUGGGGGGACAAAGGGUCCUUUACCCUGUAUGCGUUCCACUGCUGCUCCAUCACCUGAGAGUGUUGUGGCUCGGAGUGAGUCAGAGUUAACAGAUUGCGCUAAACAACGUUAUCGCCCUGUCAGCGUCCGUCGUGCUAUUGGCACAGUGGUAAUUGCUGGUGUUGUGUGUGGCAUUGUAUGCAUUAUGAUGGUGGCAGCAGCAGCUUAUGGAUGCAUCUAUGCCUCACUAAUGGCCAAGUACCAGCGUGAGCUAAAAAAGAGGCAGCCACUAAUGGGCAGUACAGAGGCGGAAGCUGAUCCAGAAGAGAAGCAAAUCUCAUCAGUUGCAUAAAAUGAAAAGGAAGAGUAUAGAGGGUUCUAAGAGACUAUUAUACUAUUUGUUCACUAGAAUAAAAUGGCACAUUGCAAGAAGUAGGCAUAAACAAUAUCUUUGAGCAUUACAAUUUGUUGUGUUCU